AUAUGGAACCGCGGGAAAAAGACUGAUAACAGGUUGUAGCGUAGUAAUCGCAUUCCGGCGGCAAUCCAGUGAUCGGUGCUAUCGGACGUCGUGCAUAUCGCGAUGUAAUCGACAUAUUGUGUUUUUUUUUGUGGUACAUUUCCAUGGAAUAUGGAAACGCAUAUCUUUCGGCACGUGAUGUUUAUGAAUCGUUAGUUUGUCACUAUCAAACGAACGGUUGUUAAAUACCAUACUGCUAGACCGAUUUCGAAUAUACAGCGGCCGUCAGAGUUUCUGACAUUUCAUCACUUAUCGGUUCUGUGAAGAUUAUAAUAUAAUGUGUUUUAUGGCUUACACCCUAUAUAUAUAUAUAUAUAUAUGAACACGUAAUUAUAUAUCGACUUGGAAUGUUCAAAUGGAUACCACAUUAUAGUUUAGCUCAUUGAUUUACUUUACAUUAUUCAGAUAGAGGUAUUUCAUUUACCUAACAUGGAACAACCAGAUUUAAAGUAUUUAAAAACGGUUAUACGGAGUAUUUUAACUAGCUCUCCGAGUAAAGUGACAAUUUCUCAAAUAUUAAAUGAAUACUCUAACUAUGAAGGUAUACAAUUACCAUUUAAGCAUUUGGGGUUUAAGACUGUUUAUGAAUUACUAGAAAAUAUGUCUGAUGUUUUAAGAAUACCGCCAAACCCAAAUUUGAACUCAUUUAUUAUACUUAUUGUUGAUCAAAAAACUUCACAUCUCAGAGAACUUGUUGUAAAUCAAAAAACUAAAAGGCAGCGUCCUAAAAGAAAUACUCCUACCCUAAGAAGUAAUAAUCACAUGCCGAAGUCUGCCAAUUUUAGAUCUCGUUCUAACAAUUACAAUAAUCAUAGAAAUGAGUAUACCACUCCUACUAGAUCUGAAUUUAAUACUCUUAGAAAUGAAUAUAGCACUCUAAGGUCUGAUACCACUGCUCGUGGAUAUGACCAUAUUAAAAUCAAAUCUUUUAACUCAAAACCUAAAGGUUCUGUGACAACAAACCUCAGGAAUAGUAUAGAAAAUCUAUGCAAUACUUCAGAAAUAGUAAGUAUUAAUAAAUUAAAGAAUUGUCUAAUAAAUCAUCCUGAUUAUAAGAAAAUGGGUACAACUAAUAUUGAAGAAUCUAUAAACAUGUUAAAAUAUUUUAUCUAUAUUGAUAGAGGAGGAGUACACCUUAAAGAUUCUCCAUUUGAAAUAUUUCCAUCCAAGACAUCUGAUUUAAGAAAAUACACAAUACCAACAUCUGCGAGUUACCUGAAUAGUUUUGUUGAUGAAAACAAGGAAAUGUCAUAUUAUGAACAAAAUUAUGAUCAUUUUGAUGAAAUGAAUGAUUCAAGUUCUGAAGACCUAUAUAGACCUGAAAAUGAAUAUAAAAUAAACCAAAAAUCUAUCAGUACUGUGCAUCAUGGUAAUACAAAUUUGCCAAAUGGUAUUUCUCCACAAUAUGUUGAAAGAUGUCAGAAGUUGUGCACUGAUGAUUCAUUGUCAGAACUAGAUGCAUCGAAUCAGUCAACAGCUCAGAACUUGGUUAAUAUGUUCAAAACAGAUUUGAAUGAUUCAGUGUCAAAAAAUAAUGACUUAAUUCCAACUCAAAAUAAUGUUAAAAAUAGAUUGAUGUCGUCAAUAGUUCAACAGUUCACUACUAAACCUUUUCAUCAUAAAAUUGUGUCCAAAAUAGAAUGUGAAGCAAAUAGUGAUAUGAAAAAUUCUAAAAUCCAAAAAGAUGAUUAUAAAAGUGCCAUUGUUGCUAUUAUAGCUAGAUCUAAUGAACCAAUUACUGUAAAUAAAGUAUUAGCCAUAUUUGAAGAAGAACGAGGUUAUACUUUUCCAUUUCAAAAAUUUUCGUGUGGAACAUGCAUGGAUUUUUUUCGUUUGUAUCCAGAUAUGUUUAGAUUGGAUAAUCAAUGCUCCACCAACAGUAUUGUUAGUCUAGAAAAACAAAUUAUGUUGAAACCAAGAAAAACGACUAUUAGAAAACACUUUAUUAAAGCAUCCAUAUUUAACAAUGUUGCUGUUACCAAUUCAGAAAACAAAUUUUUAAAUGACAGUAAGUUUAUAUCUCAACUUUUAUCAGAUGAAAGUGAUAAUCAGAAUAAUAAAGAUCCCAUUAUUGAUAAUUCAUACCAAGCACAUUCUGUAAAGUCAAUAGAGUCAUAUGAAAUGUAUGACUCUGAUACAAUAUUGGACACAAUGAAAGUAAAAAUGCGCCGUAUUUUAACUAAACAUAAAGAUGGUAUAUUGUGUAAUGAUUUUAUGGAUAUUUAUGGUAAAGAAUAUAACAGUUAUUUUAAUUUUUCUGAAUAUGGAUUUCGAAGCAUGAGAGAUAUGGCUUACAAGUUACCAUCUGUAUUUUAUGUAAAAGUAACUGAUGAUGACCAUGAAUGUAUUCUAUUUGAAGCUGAUAAACGAAGUGAACUAGAAAAUAACGAUCCAUCACUAUAUUAUAAAAAUAUUCCAAAGACUAUAUUGUGUAAUCUUUCAAACUUCUUUAAUAAGUAUCGGAAUGGUGUCAAAUUGGAUGAAUUAAUGUCUUUAUAUUGUGCAGAAUAUGGCCGAGCUUAUGAACCAUUAAAGUAUGGAUAUUCUUCUGAAAAACACAUGUUCGAAUGUUUAGAUAAAAUGGUUGAAAUAGAAAAUAAUGAGCUGUUUACUGUAGAUGCUUUUGCCUAUACAACAUGGUUGAAAAAUAAAGAUCCAAUAGAUAACUAUGCUAACAAUUCAGUAGUAUUGCCAGAUCAUGAUUUUCUAUUGCAUUACUCUGGCAAGGAUAUCUGCAAUGGAAGAUUUAAGUAUUCUAAAGUGAAGUUGCAUGAUGAAAAAUGUAUAAAAGUCAUAGUUGCUGAAAUUUAUAACCCAAGUUCAUUUUACAUUCAAUUAUCAGCAGAAGUCAAUAACCUGAAUAGUUUCAUGGAUAGAUUGCAAGUGUAUUACAAUGAAAAUGAAGAAAAGUACAAAGUUAUACCAAAACUAAUUCUUCCAGAAUUAGCAUGUACUUCAUGUUUUGAGGAUUCCAAUCUGUGGCACAGGGCUAUAGUAUUAAAAAUAGUUGAUGAAGAAAAUGUGAAAUUAUUAUAUGUUGAUUAUGGAUCAAUUGAAAUAGUACCAAAAACAAAUGUAAGACUUUUAGCAUCACAAUUUGGGGCAUACCCUACUCAAGCAGUGCAUUGUGGUUUGUACAAUUUUAAUGAAUUAAAUUAUCCACGAGAAAUAAGUGAAUCUUUUGCUGAAAUCACUGAGGACCAUGUGUUAGAAGCACAGUUUCAUCCACCAACAUCUGAAGAUGAUUCUCAAAAAAUGAUUGUAACAUUGUUUUUGAAUACUAUACACGGAAGAAUUAAUAUAAACAACAAAUGUUCUAAAGUAAUGAUAAAUCAAUUAAAUAAAAAUCAAGAAUCCGUUAGGAAGAUGAUUUAUAGAUUAAUGCAAGAAUAAGAAAAGUAAAGCAACACGAAAACAGAAUGUCUUUUGAUUAUUAAAUAUUUAAUUUAAUUUAAUUUAAUUGUUUAAAAUAUAGUUAUACUAUAUUAUUUCAUGUAUAUUUGCAUUAUUUGAAAUAUGUAAAU